AUGGAAUGCAGUUCUUCUUCUUCACUUCUUUUAAUAUGGCCGAAAAUGUUAUCUUGUGCCACAGAGAAAAAUGAGGAAAAAGAGAAGAGGAAUAUAGUUGGAAGAAUGAAGAAGGCAACAAGAGUGCCAAGGUUUGCAUUCCAAACAAGAAGUCUCGAUGAUAUAUUGGAUGAUGGUUACCGCUGGAGGAAGUAUGGCCAGAAAGCAGUGAAGAAUAGCACAUAUCCUAGAAGCUACUACCGUUGCACGCAUCACACAUGCAAUUUGAAGAAACAAGUGCAGAGGCUGUCCAAAGACACAAGCAUUGUGGUGACAACGUACGAGGAUAACCAUCCUUGCGAGAAGCUUAUGGAAACUUUGACCCCUCUUCUCAAACAGAUUCAGUUUCUCGCUGCCAUCUAA